UUAAUUGAAGUAAUGUCUUACAAAUUGCAUCUAUAGAAUCUUCCUCAACGGUGGGCCUCUCAAGCAUCAAAAUCAUGCUGGGGCCCAUUGCAGAGUGGGACAAUGACACAUUGACACUGGAGUUGAACCAGGAGACAUCCGCCGGCUGACUUCACCGGCGACCGUAUAAUUUUUCAAACCACCUAUUGCUUCAGCUGGUUCCUUACGCCACCCCAAAACCCCGUUGUUGAAACUUAUAAGAAAAGUGUUGGCAUGCUUCCACUUCAGGUUUGCAUUUUUUCACCACCCCUCUCUCUAUAUAAAGUCAGUCGCAUGAGGAUACUACAAUCCUAACCAGCCAGCCAUGGAGUGUUCACCCCUUCCCGUUCUCUCUCUGCUUCUGACUCUGCUUCUGCACCUCCUUGUUCCUUCCUUUGCUUCUUCCGAUUCCUUUUUGCAAGGAUUUCGGCGACCACCCAUUUCAAAUUCCGACAUUCCUUACAGAUUUUUCCAAUGCCUUUCUGCCAAAUUGAAGCCUUCUUCCAACUUCGCAAAGGGCUUCUCCACACCCAACAACUCCUCAUUCAAACCUCUGCUCACCUCCACCGCCCAAAACCUCCGGUACCUGGUGGACUCCGCGCCGAAGCCGGAGCUUAUCUUCACGCCCUUCGACGAUUUCCAGGCCAGAGCCGCCGUCCUCUGCUCCAAGCAGCUGGCAGUCCACUUCCGACCCCGCAGCGGUGGCCACGACUACGAGGCCGCCUCCUACGUCUCCCAAAUCGAAACGCCUUUCAUCAUCAUCGACCUCUCCAAGCUUCGGUCCAUCGCCGUGGAUGUAAAAUCCAACAGUGCGUGGGUUCAGGCCGGCGCCACCAACGGUGAGUUGUACUACAGAAUCGCGGAACAGAGCAGGGUGCACGCGUUCCCGGCGGGGCUCUGCUCCAGCUUGGGCAUCGGUGGGCACAUCACGGGCGGCGCCUACGGCUCGAUGAUGAGAAAAUACGGCCUCGGUGCCGACAACGUCAUCGAUGUUCAAAUGGUGGACGCCAACGGCGACAUUCUCGACCGGCGGGCAAUGGGGGAAGAGGCGUUCUGGGCCAUCCGCGGAGGCGCGGGGAACAGCUUUGGUCUCAUUCUCGCGUGGAAGAUAAAGCUGGUCCCCGUUCCGAAAACCGUAACGGUUUUCACCGUUGACAGAACUCUGGAACAGGGCGCGACGAAGAUUCUCUACAAGUGGGAAAAAAUCGCCCAUUCGCUGGAUGACGAUCUCUUCAUCAGAGUCGUCAUUCGACCGACGGACGUCUCCGGCGGGAGAACUAUACUUGCAUCUUUCAACUGUCUGUUUCUUGGCAGCACCGAUCGGCUUCUUCAAAUAAUGGGUCAGAUGUUCCCGGAAUUGGGGCUAUCGCGGCGCGACUGUACCCAAAUGAGCUGGAUCGAAUCUGUGCUCUACAUCGCCGGCUACCCGCCGGGAACCCCCCCGGACGUCCUCCUCCAGGGGAAGUCCCUGUUCAAGAACUAUUUCAAGGCGAAGUCGGACUUCGUGACGAAGCCGAUUCCUCCGUGCGGGCUUGAAGGACUGUGGAAGAGACUGCUGCAGGAGGAAGCUCCAUUGAUGAUCUUGAAUCCUCUGGGUGGGAUGAUGAGCAGGAUCUCAUCCUCUGCAACCCCUUUUCCGUUCAGAGAAGGAUAUAUAUUCUUCAUUCAGUACCUCACGAACUGGCAGAACGGGAACGAAUCGACGACGGCGCAUGUGAACUGGCUCCGACGGCUGUACAAGUACAUGACCCCUUAUGUAUCGAUGUUCCCCAGAGGCGCGUAUGUGAAUUACAGGGAUCUAGAUCUGGGAAUGAACGGGAGGCAGUGCGGGACGAACUUCUGGCAGGUGUGUUCUUGGGGUUACAAGUAUUUCAAGCACAAUUUCUUCAGAUUGAUGCGCGCGAAGUCGAUAAUGGAUCCGGGGAAUCUGUUCAGGCAUGAACAGAGCAUCCCGCCGGCUCUGCUCCAAGAAUAACGAAGGGGAAGUACACGAGGAUGGCAUGGAACAACGUACGUAGGAACAGGGGAUGAGGAGAGCCUUCUAUAUCAUUGGGAAGUUUUGGAACUACCGAAGGAUUUAAGAAGGGGACGCUCACACUGUUAGUUGAAUUUAAAUUUGUUGUAAAAUUUGUGGGGGCAAAUGCUUUGAUUUAUGUUUAAAUUAAGAGAUGCAAAACCAAAUAAUGUGAUUGUUAAUACACCACCGUUUGAAGGUGACUCUAACCUUACAAUUUGUUUGAUGUAAAAGAAUAUAAUGAAAUUUGUUUGCUCUUAUAAUUUUAUAUAUUUGCUAUAUGAUUUUU